AUGCGAUCGACUAGGCAAACGGCCAGCCAUGAGCCUUAUCACGCUGACGGACGCGCGACACGCUUCCUCAACACGGUUGGGUAUCCAGGAUCAGGUUUGACUGACGUCCUGGUGAUGCGUACUGUAGGAGUGAUCCCUAGAAGUACAAUCAUGAAACCGAUCGUGCCGUCUCACUCGCCUUACACCUCCACACCUACUUGCCAUCUUCACCGCGCUCACCCACUCAACCCUCCCAAUAGCCACAUGGGCCACAAAGGCAGCCUUGGCGCGCCUUCUGUAGCUCACUUUCCACCAAAGUGUGCUGCGUGGCAUCCCAACUCUCCUGCCCACUCGGCCAACUAA